AUGUCGUGGGACUUGCUUCAGAGGUUUAUUGAAUCCGACGUGUUCAAUUCGAAUCCCUUUCUACCGGUUUCCUACCUUUCGCGAUACGCUGAUCAUGUGGGCAUACACUAUGUUCUGUGCCAGAAAUUGCGGCAAUUCCCUUACGAGGAUAUCGAAUUCUUCCUGCCGCAGCUAUGCCACCUUAUAAUAAGCGUUGACAAUGAGUCAAUGGCCCUCGAGGAGUUUCUACUGGAUCUAUGCGAGGAGUCUGUGACUGCCGCUCUGUUGACUUUUUGGCUCUUCCAGACGCAUCUUUACGACCUCUCUUCAAAUCCGCAGACCUGGGCUUUUCAAACUUGCCGGAGAGUGUAUAACAAGGUCCAGCAUAUUGUUUUCGGAUUGGCAGACAGAGCACGGCAUGAAAAGAUCAAGGAGAAUGUCCUGCCAGUAACUGUCUUGUCGAGCUUCGUCCUCGCCAGCGUUGCCAUGCCCAUGAUUCCGAAGUGGGCAGGACCACUAGCCGUUGCGCAGGCUCGGAAGCCCCAACCUGUCGCCGAGCUUAUUCCCGACACCGACGAGUCCGCCAAACCCCCUACGAGAGCACGAACGGUAACGGGAGCGACGUCGAAAUCUAGACGCGGCAAAGAAGUCAGAAGCUCAGUUGCAUCUUUGCCUGGUGCUAACGGCGUCGAGGACGGCCGCUCCUCCCCCAUGAGCGUGCCUCAUCUGCCCUCAUCAAGUCCGUCGCAGACACCCAGGAUCGUUUCCGAAUCCAAACGCCCGUCGGCAUUGGAAAUGAGAUCUGUGGAGGCCCGACUGAGCUCUGCCUCGUUGCCUCUGCCUUCGCCACCAGCGACAACAAGCCGUCCCUCGACUCCCGUGUCGGCCGGCUCAGCACUUCGGCCGGGCGAAAGCAGUAUGCAUCGGCGGCACUCGCACAACACCAAGGCCGUCACCGGUCCUGCCGACCUAUCUCUGACUCACAGGACGAGGUUAUUGCGCCAGCAUUACUUUCGCUCCCAGACCCAGUUCCUGACUGCCCUCGAGGGCAUAUCUAACCGCUUGGUCAUAGUUCCUCAACAGGCCCGGAUGAGCGCCUUGCGUGCCGAGUUGGCGCUCGUUGCACGGGACUUGCCAGCCGAGGUGGAUGUUCCUGUUAUCUGUCCCCCGACGUUGGUCAAUGGGUCACCCGGAAAGAGUCGCCAUCACAGAAUAGUGCGACUUAAUCCCGCCGAAGCGACCGUCUUAAACAGUGCUGAGAAAGUGCCAUAUCUAAUGAUGGUAGAAAUUCUCCGAGAAGACUUCAGUUUUGACCCCGAAACUCCCGAGAACAAUCGACUUCUCACCAAGUUGUUGGAUUCUAAUGGCAAGGCGCGGCGGCUCUUCGACUUGGCAUCCGAGACACCGAAAAUUGCGCCUGUCGCACGAACAUCUGAACCAAUUGUCGACAGUGUUUUUGAGCCCACCUCUGGAGACUUGGGAAGCUCGCCAUUGCUAUUGCCAGAAGAUGACACGCCUCUCGCACCAGUGACGAAGCAUCACCAAGUCCGCACCUCGCAGCGAUUGUCAAGUGGAGCUACGACCUCUUCUACGACUCUGGAUGCUGCCACGCCUCGUACAUCGGGGCAAUCGACAUCGAGAUCCAGCAGUCCAGGAUCCAGGCGCAAGAUGACUCUCACCAUGUCUCGGAAUACCUCUGCAGACCAGCCCGAUUUCUCGGCUCUCGCGACUCACAUGCGAACCGCGUCUCAGAUGCUUGCGCAGCUCGAUGCAACAAGUGGAAAGCGGCCCAGGCAAGAAGUUGCUGCUAUUCGUGCCAAAAUCAUUGCUAGCAUGCAAAGCCUGGAAGAAAAGAGCUUCGACAUGGACGAACAAGGACCGACUUUUGACACUAUCAUUGCCAAGACAAACGCGGGCUCACCUUCAGCAGGCAAUCCGGAUCUGGAUGAGGACGCCCCCAUUGACCCGGCGAUUAAUGCCAGCGCAGGUAGGGAGCGAAUGGAAAACGACUUCAAGACCGGGGGUGUCCAGCGGCGAGCUGAUCGUGAUGACCCAAGUGCCGCUGUCUUUGGCGAGGCAUGGGAAGCCAAAAAGGAACGUAUUCGGAAGUCCUCUCCCUAUGGCUGGAUGAAGAAUUGGGAUCUCGUUAGCGUCAUUGUCAAGACUGGUGCCGAUUUAAGACAGGAGGCCUUUGCUUGCCAGCUGAUUGCCGUUUGCCAUAAAAUCUGGUUGGAUGCUCGAGUUGAUGUUUGGGUCAAGUUGAUGCGCACUUUGGUUACGGGGGAGUCAUCAGGCCUGAUUGAGACCAUUACCAACGGCGUGUCGCUUCACUCACUGAAGCGAAGUCUUACUCUCGCCUCCAUAGAAUCCGGGCAAAACCCUCGGCAUCGAAUUGCCACCUUGAAGGACCACUUCGUCAAGGCUUUUGGCCAGCCAGAUAGCGAGCCGUACCAAGCCGGCGUGGAUGCCUUUAAACGAUCCCUCGCGGCCUACAGCGUCAUCUCAUAUGUCUUGCAGCUGAAGGAUCGUCACAAUGGCAAUGUUCUAAUCGACAGCGAGGGACAUAUUAUUCACAUUGAUUUUGGCUUCAUGCUCUCAAAUUCUCCUGGAUCGGUCGGCUUCGAAGCUGCUCCAUUCAAGCUGACACACGAGUACGUGAAUGUACUGGGAGGCUUGAACUCCCCAGACUACGAGGACUACAAAAAGUUGUCACUCAGACGCUCAGCCGACAAUAUCAUAGACUUGGUGGCCAUGAUGGGUCGAGAUUCGAAAAUGCCCUGCUUCUCUGUGGGGGUGGCUCAAGUGACAAACACUCUGAGGCAGCGCUUCCAGCUGCAAUUGAGUGCAGAUGAGGCGGAGCAGUUUGUUGAGACGGACUUGAUUGCCAAGUCUUUUGGGAGCUAUUACACCCGCCUAACUCAGGGCAUCUACUAG